UUUGUUAUCGUUGUUAUUUGCUGUUUUUCUGGAACAGGUAAUGAAGGGCCCAAGGUUAGAAAUCCACGACUAAACUUAAUGGAGGUUUUAGAUGGUAGUUUGAUACCUAGGAGGUUUAACGGCACCUGGAUAUCAGAAAAAGAACUUAUUUACCGAGAUUUUGAUGGAACUCUUAUUUUGUACAACGCCGAAACGUUAAAUAAAACAGUACUCAUGUUAAACACGGCAUUUAGACUCUACGAUGUCCAUAGCUAUAGUUUGUCAGCUGAUAGAAAAUAUGUCUUACUUGCUUAUGCUAUUAGAAAGAGAUUUAGAUAUUCUUAUACAGCGAAAUACAAAUAUUUUGACAUCCAAAAUUACCAAACCUCGCCGUUAUUACCCAGUGAAGACAAUGCUGAACUACAGUACGUUUCUUGGGGACCAACAGGUAGUCAACUGGUUUAUGUACGAAACAACGACAUUUAUUACAUGGCCUACGUUGGAGACAUCCCUCCAAAACGUAUCACCAGGAGCGGAGUUGAUCAAGCAAUUUUUAACGGAAUUCCCGACUGGGUGUAUGAAGAAGAAAUAUUGGGCAAUAAUAACCCAAUCUGGUGGUCAGAAGAUGGUACGAGACUGUGUUUUGCUUCCUUUGAUGAUAGCUUGGUACCUGAAGUCCAGUACCCCUGGUAUGGAGAUUACAUGGAUGAAAACAACAUUUAUCCAGCUAUAGUGAAAAUCAGAUAUCCUAAGCCUGGUACAGAAAACCCAAUAGCCACAUUGUGGGUAGUUGACGUCACGUUCACGUCAAGUAUCCCAGCUCCCAGGAGUCUUCGUCCACCAAAAGAAAUACAAGAAAGAGAACACUACUUCACCCAGGUUAAGUGGAUUGAUCGGAGCCGAAUAGCCGCAGUCUGGUUACGCCGUUCUCAAAAUUUCUCAGUCGUCAGUAUUUGUCACGAAAGGAAAGGAUGGGCAUGUGAAACGAACUUGGAGGAGGUUAGCAGCACUGGGUGGGUGGAUAUGUACGAACCGCUUGUUUUUACUUCAGAUAAGAAAUAUUAUUUUAUUCGACUUCCUGCUAACGAAGGAGACGCUGGAAAAUUUCGCCAUGUUGCCAUGGUCAGCAUUGAGGAUAAAAGAAGAAAGUUCUUAACUCAGGGAGCUUAUGAUGUCGUCCAGAUUUUGGCCCAUCGCCAAGAUGUCCGUAAAACAUAUUAUAUUAGUACAUUACCAAAUAAUUCGGGACAGCGGCAUCUCUUCAUUUCCAUGUUGGAUAACAACGACGCCGUGCGAGAAUUAUACCAGAAGAGGGCGCUACCGCAAGUCCGAACAUUCCAAGUGCCGGUAGAAGGCGGAUUUAACGCAAACGUCCAACUUCUCUUACCUCCUGGCUUAAAGGAUGAUGAAAUAACCCAAUAUCCAAUGAUCGUAUUUGUAUACGCUGGUCCAGGACAGCAACUUGUUACUGAACGGUUUGAAAUACAUUGGGGCACGUACCUAGCUAGCCGGAAGAAUUUCAUCUAUGCCACAAUCGAUGGAAGAGGCAGUGGUAACCGUGGAGACCGUAUUCUUCAUCAAAUAUACAAGAAGUUAGGAAGUGUAGAGAUAGAGGAUCAGAUGGUAGUUUCCAGAUAUCUAAAGAAUGACUUGCCAUUUAUUGACCCUGAAAAGAUCGCCAUCUGGGGGUGGUCUUACGGAGGAUACGCUGCAGCCAUGGCUCUUGCUACAGACACUGGUGUUUUCAAAUGCGGUAUAUCUGUCGCUCCAGUAACAAGUUGGCGAUAUUAUGAUUCCGUCUAUACUGAGAGGUACAUGCAGUUCCCGUCGCCCGAGCAAAACUACUUAGCUUAUGAAAGGUCCAGCUUAUUGAAGAAGGUAGCAAACAUCAAAGGAACCAAAUUUCUCCUCGUUCACGGCACAAAUGACGAUAACGUUCACCUUCAACAGUCCAUGAUUUUAAUGAAAGCACUUACCGAUGCAGGAGUUUUGUUUCAGACACAAAUAUAUCCAGACGAAAGCCAUAAUCUGGCUCACGUCCCCUCGCACUUUUACCAAACAAUGGAAGCUUUCCUGGAUCAAUGUUUCGAUAUUCCCCGCAAGGAAGACAUCGGACUUCAAAAAACAAGCAAAAAAGUUUUUAUUGGAGGAAGAUAGUUGCGGACUAAGACGUUUUCCAGUUAUUUACAUCAUUGUCUAUUUUAUGACCUUUUCAUUCAUCUUCUUUUCAGUUCUUUUUAAAUCAGACAAGUGUGCUUGAAAAUGACAUUUUUCAAACAAUAGAAUUUCAUCAGUGUUUAGGCUUAGACCGAUCUCCCUUAGAUACUUUAUUUAUAAAUUCCAUUUUGGACAAACUUUUCAUUUGGUAGGUAGUCCUUGCUUUCGAUAGUUACUAUUAGGAAGCACCACACUUUUGUGCCAAACAGAAUCCCAACAAAAUAUUUUACUGUAAUUAGGAUGUAAUAAUAGUUUCUAAAAUACAAAUAUUAGAAAAAAAUUUUAUUUUACUUUUUCUCGAACGACCUUCAUCAGGAAGAUUCCACAGAGGAAACGAAAAAUUAGAAAGUUGCAGAAACCCGAACAUAAAUAAAAACUUAGUAAAGACCAUUUAAAACUGACGUUUCUGUUAAUUUCUUCAUUAAAAUUAUCUUGUUCAUGGAUUUAUCUAUAGAUUUCAAGUCUUAAAAGCUACCAAAUACUUUCCUAUUGGUGGACUUAUCUAUAACCGUAUGUUGAAAGUUACGAAGUUUUAUCCCUAAUCUUGACGCUUCAAAAAUUGUGAUCCAUCCUGAACGGUACCAUAUUAAAUUGAAUUUGUUUAAAUCGGUCGAACUCAAAACCAGAGCCAAAUGUGUCAAAUCAUGAUACAUUGUUAGAUGAUAAUAAUAAUAAUAAAAGGUAUUAAUUAUGAGCAUCUGAUGAUAAUUAGUCUAUUAAUAUAAAAUCUCGCUCCGAGGAAUAACAGUUUUGGGCCGGGCGCUGAUUAGUGGUUAGGGUGGCGGUAUGCAGAACGGAAGGUCCAAGAUCUCGAUAUUCCUCUGAACAUGCUCCUCACUACCUGCAGUGGGAGCGUUACAAAAGCGGCAGUCCAUUCAACUAUUCGGUAACUGUGCAUGCGUCGGUUGCUGCUGAUUGGUUUAAUUCCCUCUGGUCAACAGUUCUAAAUGAGGGACGGCUAUGCCUAAACCAUAAGGUCUAUGACUUAGUCAUUCAGUCCACGUGUCGGCGACUUAAAAUACCAAAUCGUAGCAGAUUCAAUACUUUAAUAAAUAUAUUGAAACGUUACUAUGAAGAUUUUUGUAUCUGCUGAGCAUCAGUCCCAUCUGAUUCCGUCUCAGAAGUUUUCAGUCCAACUUUUUUUUAUAAACAGUUGAGUUUACCAACAACUCAGAGACUUUCGAAAUCAUAUGUAUUGCUACCCGAAACCUUCGCCAAAGGCUUCCCAGAUAUACGUUUUGCAAAAGCAAGUUUUUCAGGUAUAAUCCUUGUUUUCUAUAGAGGUACACGCUUUUCAAAGUUGAAUGAGAUACUUUUUAGAGUGUCUUGGUUUGGUAAUAAUGUUUAGACUAAAAAUUGGGUAAAUGAAAAAAAAUAAUGGCCAAGUUGCACAGUGUUGUGAUUCAGGUGAAUAUUGUGUCAGUUUUCAUAUCAAGGUCGUGAAAGUUUCAAAAUCAAGAACUAAGUCUUCCUACAAGCUAUGGAUUCUUUCUUAACACGUGUUAGUUCAGAACACGUCAACGUAUUCUGUCCUCAAUGAGAAACGUUUUUGUUUUUUGUCUUUUUCAUGGCAAAUUGUGAAAUUUGCUAUUAAAGCUUUCAAAACACCUCUCUUGUUAUUUUUCGUUCGUUCACCGAGUUUCACUUUCACAUUAUACAUAACUGUGCGUUUACAAAAUGGUAUUGCAAUAAAACUCGUUUCUUACAUUUUAAACAUAAGCUUGUUUUAGUCUUAAUGCUAAAUGAAUUAUGGCUUUCACAUCCUACUAAAGAUAGGUUUAAUGCUUAAGACGUUUACCAAUAAUGUUGGCUCUGGAUUUUAGAGCUAUCGAGCCGGGUUCGAAUCCGUGUGAUACCACAAUAAAUUUCUCGUACUUUGACCUGUGGGAGUGACAGUCACCUCUUUAGUGUGGGUGGUAGGGAGUUGCUAACUGCCUGUUGUCAAAAUUAGGGACGGCGGCAGGUAGCUUUGCCAUAAAUGCAAAUGCUUAAACUACACUGUUGCAGCAACAGUUCUUCAGAUAUUUACGUGCGAUACCUUUCGGAAAUUGAAAUAAUCAGUUCACUCGUGAAAAUAUUCCGUAUUUUUACCUAAACAAUAAAAUGCUUUAAAUUGUCAGAACACGAACCCACAAAACGCUUUUAAUUAAUGAUUAGUAAAAGUAAAAUCAGUAAUGACUAAAAGCAAUUUCAAAAUAUUGGUAUUUGUUUGACAUUAUACCCAUAUAAAAAUGUACUAAGUAGCAUUAUGUAUAUAAUGUAUAUGAUCCAGAAUAGUGUUGGUCUAAAACACUGAAGUGCAACAUGCAUACUGGUUUUAACAUUUCGUGUUCAUGAACAUAGUAUUCAGAAAGAUCUCACGAACAGAAUGAACGUUUAAGAAACAGUUGUUCAGUAUAUAUACGUAUAUAUGUCAUGUAAGAAUUUACAUUUCCAAUAAAUUUCUACGAUAAAUCGAAAGUGA